AGUGCAUUGCAAAAGAUUGAAUCAAAUCCUCAUAAGAAUAUUCAUCGAUGGAAUUUCAAUCAUAUAAAUGAUGUUUAAUAAAAGUAAAAUCGAUUUAAGCAAAAGAUCUCAACCGAGAGGAGGCAUAACAAUAAUCACAGAAUGCUGUCAAUCCAUUGAAGAAAUCAUUCAACCAAAGGGUGGAGUAUCGAAAAGUGGGCGCAUUUUAGAGCUUUAUAGGGAUGAGAAUUCAACUCAAAGUUUUUAUCAAAUCUCGUGCAAAGAAAAGGGCAAAAGAUGUGCUCGUUUUGGACAACUUUCCCUCUCCAAGGCUUUCAUCCAUCGUUUUCAAUGCGUUCAGAAAUAUAGCUUUACUUACGCUUUAGUCAGAGAAUUCACUGCACCUGAAACAUUCCCGUGGCGUAUGGAUUACAUCCGACUAAGAAAUGGCUGUUCGUGUGAACGAAUCAAAUGA